AUGGCACCCACAGGUGGCGGGUCCGGAGCCGGCGGAGGAGGUGGAGGGGGUAACAUCAAAGUCGUGGUUCGAGUGCGACCGUUCAACAGUCGUGAAAUCGAGCGCCAUGCAAAAUGCAUUGUUCAAAUGCAGGGCGCGCAGACCGUCCUGCAGCCUCCUCCGGAUGCCGAAGACCGACUUCGAAAAGGAGGGAAAGGGGGUGCAGAUGCUCAGAGGACGUUCAAAUUCGACAAAUCGUACUGGUCAUUCAGCAAGGGGGACACUCACUACGCCGGCCAGGAUCACCUCUUCAGCGACCUCGGUGUUCCAUUACUCGACAAUGCUUUCCAGGGAUACAACAACUGCAUCUUCGCCUAUGGCCAGACUGGAUCCGGCAAGUCAUAUAGUAUGAUGGGUUACGGUGAAGAUGCCGGCGUCAUCCCUCGCAUUUGUCGAGAAAUGUUCGAGAGAAUCAACGGCAUGCAGUCAGAUCCCAACCUCACGUGCACUGUCGAAGUGUCUUACCUUGAAAUCUAUAACGAGCGCGUCCGAGAUCUGCUCAACCCGGCCACCAAAGGCAACCUCCGAGUCAGAGAACAUCCGUCCACGGGUCCGUACGUGGAAGAUCUAGCGAAAUUGGCAGUGCGUUCGUUCAAAGAGAUUGAAAACCUGAUGGAUGAAGGGAACAAGGCCAGAACUGUUGCAGCCACAAACAUGAAUGAAACAUCCAGCCGGUCCCAUGCUGUCUUCACCUUGACUCUGACGCAGAGACGUCACGAUGUGGAAACAUCCAUGGACACGGAAAAAGUCGCAAAGAUUAGCUUAGUUGAUUUGGCAGGAUCCGAACGAGCGACAUCGACCGGUGCGACCGGUGCUCGUCUCAAGGAGGGAGCCGAAAUCAAUCGAUCACUCUCAACAUUAGGCCGCGUGAUUGCUGCUUUGGCGGACCUUUCUUCUGGCAGGAAGGGUUUGAAAGUCCCUUAUCGAGAUUCGGUCCUUACCUGGCUCCUUAAAGAUUCCUUGGGCGGUAAUAGCAUGACUGCCAUGAUUGCCGCAAUUUCUCCGGCGGAUAUCAACUUUGAGGAAACGCUGAGCACGCUCCGAUACGCCGACUCGGCCAAGAGAAUCAAGAAUCAUGCCGUGAUCAACGAAGAUCCCAACGCACGUAUGAUUCGCGAACUCAAAGAGGAACUGGCCAAACUCAGGAGCCAGCUUGGUGGGACCGCUUCCACUGGCGCCGAAGAGACUUAUCCGCCAGAUACGCCUCUUGAUAAACAGAUGGUUUCGAUUGUCCAGGCGGACGGAUCAAUCAAACGUGUCAGCAAGGCUGAAAUCAUGGACCAAUUAAGCCAAAGCGAGAAAUUGUACAAAGACCUCAACCAGACCUGGGAAGAGAAAUUGCAAAAGACAGAAGAGAUCCAUAAAGAAAGAGAAGCGGCGCUUGAAGAAUUGGGAAUCAGUAUUGAGAAAGGCAACGUGGGAAUGAGUACUCCGAAGAAGAUGCCUCACUUGGUCAAUUUGAGUGACGAUCCCCUCCUAGCAGAAUGCCUGGUUUACAACCUAAAGCCUGGCAUCACCACCGUCGGCAACGUUGACUCUUCAGAAGCCUCCGAGAUCCGACUGAAUGGCUCCAAAAUAUUGGAUCAUCACUGCAAAUUGGAAAACGUUGACAAUGUGGUCACCAUCAUACCCAACGAGGGAGCCGCUGUGAUGGUGAAUGGCGUGCGUGUGGACAAACCCAGGAGACUGAGGAGCGGAAACCGCAUCAUUUUGGGAGAUUUCCAUAUUUUCAGGUUCAACAACCCCCUGGAGGCAAAAGCUGAACGAGCCGAAAGAAGUUUACUCAGGCAUUCCGUCACGGCGAGCCAGUUAAAUUCUCCAACUCCUUUUCUUCCCGGCCACGAACGGUCGUGGAGCGCUGCUGGAUCCGAAUUUGAUGGAGAUUCAAGCCGGGCUCAAUCUCCAGGUCUAAGUAACCGAGACGCCGAUUGGUUUUUUGCCCGGCGCGAAGCCGCCGGUGCGCUUCUUGGAUCCGAUCCUAAAAUCACGCAACUGACAGAUGAAGAGCUGGACAAUCUUUUCGAGAACAUUCAACGAGCACGAGAAGAGCGCCGUCGUCCAGAGAAUAAGCUCUACGAGCAUGAUGAAGAUUCCGAUGAUCUGAGCUCAUUCCUUGUGAGAGACAAGUACAUGUCCAAUGGAACGAUCGACAACUUUUCCCUUGACACGGCCCUUACCCUCCCUGAGACGCCCUCGAUGCAUUCCGGUUCGCAGGACGAAGGCGACGCCACUUUGACUCCCAGUCAAUUCGAACCCCAGAGUCAACAACAAGCCCAGCGUAAAGCGGAAGAGGAAAGACAGGAAGCUGCCGCGCAAGCAGCGAAAGAAGCCGAACAAGAAGCUCAUGCGGCUCAAAUGCAGCAGGAAUUGGAGCGUGCGAGACAAGAGUUUCAAGAGGAACUCCGAAAACAGAAGGAAGCGUACGAAGAGCAGAUCAAGAAAAUAGAUCUCGAGUUGCGAACGCGAGAAGCUGCUCGGACUCCAUCUGGCUUUUUGCCGCUGGAUGCCGCCGAGAUCGCCAUUGCACGAAAUGUGGUGGAAAGGUGGCAACAAAGGAAUUACAUUUUGAUGGCCGAAUCUGUUCUGCAGAAUGCCGGCCUCCUGAAAGAAGCACAAGUUAUGAGCAAGCUUCUGGACCAGGACACCAAUUUUCAAUUUGUGAUUCUGGAUCUUGGACAAGAUCGGGGAUCAUCAUACGAUCUGAUCCUUCACGAUAUUUCUGGCGAUGACGACGACGCCUUAGCCAACGCACGAAAGCCUUGCCUCGCGGUACGCGUCAUUGACCAUCAGCUCAGCCGUGUUCACUUGUGGUCUCUGGAAAGGCUGCGAUCACGCGUGGCCAAGAUGCGCCAGAUGCAUCAAUAUAAAAAUCAGCCAGAAUAUCUGCAACACUUCCGAAUGGACAACCCUUUCCGCGACUCCGACCAGCCGUUGUUCUCGCUGAUAGGAGAUGGCAGCAUCCCUCUCACCGCGGUUUUCGAAACCAGAGUGCAAGAUUUUGUCGUUGAGAUCUGCUCUCCUUCGACGCGACAAAUUGUUGGAAAGGUCAGAAUGUCAUUGGAACCUUCGUUGGCAGAGUCUCCACCGUCGAUGAUCAAAUUCAAUAUUAUUAUGCGGGAUCUCGCGGGAUUUGCCGAGCAUGAAGGCACUCAAGUACAUGCCCAAAUGACGGUAUUAGGGACAUCAGACGAAAGUGUGGCGACGACCCAGCCAGUCCAUGGGUUCGGCGAUGGUCCGAUACGAUUUGAAAGCAUCCAUCACCUGAGUGUCCGUCGGUCUGGAGAGAAAUCCGCUAUUUUGAAGAUUGCCAUUUUUGCACAAGUCAGCCCCACCCAUCUAGACAAACUUGUUAGCUGGGAUGAGCUUCGUGAAAUGAAUGAGCAAUCCCUAGAUCAGCAGCCGGUGCAUCGUCUGCCAGAAUCCGAAUACAGCGUCGAAGAACGCCACGACGUUUUUGCAAAGGUCCAAAUACUGGAACUGGCAGAGAAUGGCCAAUAUAUGCCGGUCGAAGUUUUACAAAUUAAUGCAGACGACAACGGAUCGUUCCAGUUGCAUCAGGGUCUCCAACGCCGAAUCUCCGUGACUUUGACACACAGUUUAACAGAGGGUCUUCCAUGGGACGACCUCAGAGCCCUUCGUGUUGGAGAGGUUCACCUGAUAGAUGCAUCCGGUCGAAUUGUCGAUAUUGGAUCUGUCACACCGGAUAUCCCUCUGAAACACAUCCAAGAGCCCAUGAUCAAAGAUAACGCCGAUGGGACCUCGCAUAUAACCAUCGUUGGCCAAUGGGACAGCUCGCUGCAUAAAUCGCUUCUUCUUGAUCGGGCGACAAACGAGCAAUGCAGAAUUCAAAUUGCGCUUCGUUGGGACGUCGUCUCCGGCCGUCUCGAACAGCCGAUGACGUUUUCGAUCGAGCAGCAGCUGCAGAUUCUUCCACGAUCUUACGUGCGUCCUCAAUCGAUGUUCAAAUCGUUCUGGAACCAGACGCGUGUCACCCAUUCGACGGUCGGAUUGUUUUCGAUCGUUGUGCGCCCCAUCAGUGCCAGAGGGGCGGCUGAUUUGUGGCGCUUAGACACGUCGAAGGACUAUAUCAACGGCGAAGAACUCCUGGGCCAUUGGAACCCAAGGGGCAUUUCUCUGGUCAAAGAUUACCUGAUCGCGCGGCGGAAGAGACGCCAACUUCAAGACAUUGAAUCGGCAAAGGCAUCAUUGGGCCUGCGUAGGCUGAGUGUCAGCAAGACUCGGUCACGAGCGGCCUCGCCAUCCAAUAUCGACACGAGAGAAGAGCAACUGCUCCGCAAGUUCCUUGCCAUUUGGAUGAAACCGAGCGUCGAGCUAUCUAGCCCCAUGUUCGACAAUGGCAAUCGCAUGCAAAACUCCACGGCAGCUCAGCCGGAGACCGUUAGAUCGCCGACCUCGUCUUCUCCGACGAACACAAAUGCAGUCCGCAAGAUUCGCUACCUCGCCACCGUCACAAAUAUCCCCAAGAACCCCAUCUCCCUCAAGUCAGGUUAUCUGCUCAUGCCCUCCGAGAACAACGACCCGCACAGCCAGAGCAUGCAGUGGAAGCGUCGAUUCGUCGACCUUCGUCCACCGUACUUGCACAUCCAUUCCGUGCCCGACGGGGAAGCAAUCAAUGCCAUCAACCUGACCCACGCCCGUAUUGAUCAUGAUCCCGACUUCAGGCGGCUGUUGGGCAGUGGCAGUUCCAUCGCUAGUGAUGACUCUGGAAACUCGGGCAGAGGGCACAAACGAUCAGGCAGUUUCGAUCUACACGGUCUGGCGCACGUUUUCACGGUGUACGGCGAGCAGAACACAUUCCUAUUCGCGGCCAGGAGCGAGAGUCAGAAAUUGGAGUGGAUUCUCAAGAUCGAUCAGAGUUACUUUGGCGCCGAGCAUAACGGAGACGCGUGA